CAACUGAAGGAAAAGUUGUCACUGUUACUUUCAAUAGCCAGUUAUGCUUAGCAACCAUCUCCUUAGAUAAUAGAAUUAACACUACUCUAAAUUUGGAAGCAUCAAGAGCGAUCCUUAUUAAAGAAGACAUUUCUAGCAAGAUAAUAAAUAAACAUGCUGGUUUUAUAAUUGAUGAUGUACCAAGGAUUCAACGAACUGAAGACAAACAGAUAAAUAAGAUCUCCAAAAUUACUGAGAAAGAUCAAAAUUUAAUCUUAAGAAAAAAUAUUAGUGGUGAUAAUGGUAGUGAUGAUGAUUUACCGGAAUGGUCGGAAUAUGAAGAAUGCUAUGAAUCUAAAAAAGAAUUUUGUGACUUUUGUGGUUCCGGAAACUGGUACUGCAUGAGAUGUUCAAGGAAAUCAAAACAUAAGACACAAUCAGAUGAUUCAAGUUCAAGUGACAACAUGAGGAAAAUUAAAAAAUUAAAUGGUAAUAGAAAACGUAAACUAUUACUAGAUCAUAAUA